UGCUUUGGAGGCCCAGGCUCAAGGCAAAUUAUAAGUAGGAAACCAAUUUGAAGGAAAGAAAUUUGAACCGAGUUAAGGUAUCAGGUCCCGAGAGAGAGAGACGAACAGCCCCAUCAGAAGUCUGCAGGCGCCUCUGACAGACUCAGAGGCUUGUUUUAAGGGAAGGGCCACUAGAUUUUUACCAACAGCAGGCACAGGUAGGAGAUGAAACAGGUACUCCCCAAAGCAGGCCAUCCGAGGGAGGAAAAAUGAUGGAGAGCACCAUAUGCUCUCACUAUUUUUAAUUUUUUUAAGCUUUUAAAUGAUUUCUUCAAGGCCGAACAGCAGCAGCAAAGGUGUCCCUUUAAUUGGUUAAGAGGGCUCUUGCUGACACCUGGAAUGAAGUUACUCUAUUACUGAUCGAGCGGAGAGAGGACCCACUAUGCCCCCGUUUAUAAUCCUUUCCCAGUUCCUUUUUGCUGGCCAUAAAACCAUGCUCAUCAAUCCCACCUAACGCGGGAGGCCAGGAGCCCAGCCUUCGGCGGGACCCGGGGGGUAUAACUGCCCUCCCAUUCUGCCCCAAGACGAAGGAGGACUCUUGGAGGCCCGGAGAGGUGUACGAGGUCCUGCCGGCCGGAGCGGCCCCCGCGGAGGGCCGAGGCGCUGGAGAGCAGGCCGGGCCGCCAUGGGGCUGCUGCGCGGCCUGCUCCGGGCCCGGAAGCUGCUGCUGGUCGUCUGCGCCCCGCUGCUGCUGCUGCCCCUGCCCGUCCUGCACCCCAGCAGCGAGGCCGCGUGUGCUUAUGUGUUGAUCGUGACUGCUGUGUACUGGGUGUCCGAGGCGGUGCCUCUUGGAGCUGCAGCCCUGGUGCCCGCCUUCCUCUACCCGUUCUUCGGAGUCCUCCGAUCCAGCGAGGUGGCGGCCGAGUACUUCAAGAACACCACGCUGCUGCUGGUCGGUGUCAUCUGCGUGGCGGCCGCCGUGGAGAAGUGGAACCUGCAUAAGCGCAUUGCGCUGCGCAUGGUCUUGAUGGCCGGAGCCAAGCCAGGCAUGCUGCUGCUUUGCUUCAUGUGCUGCACCACGCUGCUGUCCAUGUGGCUCUCCAACACCUCCACCACCGCCAUGGUGAUGCCCAUCGUGGAGGCCGUGCUGCAGGAGCUGGUCAGUGCUGAGGAGGAGCAGCUCGUGGCGGGCAACUCCAGCGCCGAAGAGGCCGAGCCCAUCAGUCUUGAUGUAAACAACAGCCAGCCUUCUCUGGAACUCAUCUUUGUCAAUGAAGACACGUCGACUGCAGACCUCACCUCUCUGAUGCACAGCAAGAACCUGAAUGGUGUGCCUAGCAUCACCCACCCCAUCAAGACAGCAAACCAACACCAGGGCAGGAAGCAACACCCGUCCCAGGAAAAGCCACGAGUCGUGACCCCCAGCCCUAGGAACCAGGAGCUGAACAGAAAGUACAGGUCCCACCAUGACCAAAUGAUCUGCAAGUGCCUCUCUCUGAGCAUAUCCUAUGCUGCCACCAUCGGCGGCCUGACCACCAUCAUUGGCACCUCCACCAGCCUCAUCUUCCUGGAACACUUCAACAACCAGUAUCCAGCCGCAGAGGUGGUGAACUUCGGCACCUGGUUCCUGUUCAGCUUCCCCAUAUCCCUCAUCAUGCUGGUGGUCAGCUGGUUCUGGAUGCACUGGCUGUUCCUGGGCUGCAAUUUUAAAGAGACCUGCUCUCUGAGCAAGAAGAAGAAGACCAAAAGGGAAGAGUUGUCAGAGAAGAGGAUCCAGGAGGAAUAUGAAAAGCUGGGAGACAUUAGCUACCCUGAAAUGGUGACUGGAUUUUUCUUCAUCCUGAUGACAGUGCUGUGGUUUACCCGGGAGCCUGGCUUUGUCCCUGGCUGGGAUUCUUUCUUUGAAAAGAAAGGCUACCGCACCGAUGCCACCGUCUCUGUCUUCCUUGGCUUCCUCCUCUUCCUCAUCCCAGCAAAGAAGCCCUGCUUUGGGAAAAAGAGUGAUGGAGAGAACCGGGAGCCCUCUCUGAGGAUGGAGCCCAUCAUCACGUGGAAGGACUUUCAGAAGACCAUGCCCUGGGAGAUUGUCAUCCUGGUGGGAGGAGGCUAUGCUCUGGCUUCUGGUAGCAAGAGCUCUGGCCUCUCUACAUGGAUCGGGAACCAGAUGUUGUCCCUGAGCAGCCUCCCACCAUGGGCUGUCACCCUGCUGGCAUGCAUCCUUGUGUCCAUUGUCACCGAGUUUGUGAGCAACCCAGCCACCAUCACCAUCUUUCUGCCUAUCCUGUGCAGCCUGUCUGAAACGCUGCAUAUUAACCCGCUCUACACGCUGAUCCCAGUCACCAUGUGCAUCUCCUUUGCAGUGAUGCUGCCUGUGGGCAAUCCCCCCAAUGCCAUCGUCUUCAGCUACGGGCACUGCCAGAUCAAAGACAUGGUGAAAGCUGGCCUGGGGGUCAACGUCAUUGGACUGGUGAUAGUAAUGGUGGCUAUCAACACCUGGGGAGUUAGUCUCUUCCACCUGGACACUUACCCCGCAUGGGCGAAGGUCAGUAACAUCACUGAUCAGGCCUAAUACGAGUGCACAGACUGGCCUAAGGAGCUGCUGGCACCCAGCAGAAUCUGAAACACAGGCAAAGAAAACUACCAGGAGCACAAGACACCAGACCCAGGCCCAAGGGCAUUCCCCCUGCCAGAAGAUUGCGCCAUCUACAAGUGAUGCGCAGAAAUCCUCCAACAACCACAAACACAUGCUUGGCUGUUAGUGCCUUCUUCCCGGCUUUCCCUUCCUUAGCACCACAGCUCAAAAAAAAAAAAAAAAAAGAAAAAGAAAAAAAAUACCUAAAAUUGUUCUUGCUUCCUCGUAUCUAGCCUUUCCAAUCAAUUCUUUCUGAAGGGAGGAAAAGAAAGUCUGUCUUAGUUGCCCCUCAGAGGCUAAGCCUCACAAACCAGCCUCACUAGGUUUUAUGCUAUUCUUACUACCUUCUUAGGAGUUGAAGGAGAUACCCAAAUCAUCCUACCUAUGCAGGCAGUGAAACUAGUUCUCUUUUGGGGGAGAACUUCUCCUGGAACUUGAGACCUAACGUCAGCCCCUUUCUCCUAAGUGUUUCUAUCCUAAGUUCUUUCCAUAAAAAGGCAAUUCUGAGUAGGUCUUCU